AGUUUCUUGUAAGCUCAAAAGACUCAAAUCCAUUUUCAAGGAGAAAAGUAGGGAGAUUGUCGAUGUCUCUGUGAGGGCCAAGGAAAGGAAAGCAGCUCUUGAUGCCUGCCAAAGGUUGCUAGACCUUAAUCAUUCAGAAAUGGCACUUAGGCAUCAGAAGAAACAUUUACUUGCUGAAUAUUCUGAAGCUGCUACUAAUGAGGAAAUCUUUUUCAAGUCAAGG